CAGGCUUGUAUUUGAUUACCUUCUGUCAACAGCAACGCCGCUUUUCCGGCCUUGAACUACAUUUCCCUUAAGGCUUUGCUGGUCAGCACCCUGUCCCACACGAACUUGGCUGCCACUUCCAGUGAUUAUGGGGCUCUCAGGGUGAGUCGUCCUGCUUUAGAAGAAAAUCAGCUCAAGCCUGGUGGGAGGUUUGGAGCAGGGACUACGUCUUUGAAGCUCCCCCAGGCGCAGUGUCAAACGGCCAAACUCAGGCUCUGAGGUACGAGGACGCCAUCUUAGCUGUCUCUGGUCUGGCUCUGGACUACGUUUCCCAGAGGCCACAGUGGCUCGACGUUACGUCUUUCUUGACGUCGUGGCGAGAUCGUUAGCUCCACAGGGACCCGGACGCGACCAAGGGGAGGCAGAAGGCACGACUACAGCACACAUGAAUAUAGUUACCAAAUCAAGAAGUUUGCAACUAUUAGGAGCUGACAAAGCAAAAACAAAAGCCAUUCUGUGAAAAUAUAACUGUUUUUAGAAUAUCCUAAGCUAUUAUUUCAUGUUCAAGGGGAUUGUUUUUAAAAAAAGAAGUUGCUUCUGUAAAUUAAGUGUGAUUUCUUUUUGGAGCAAGGAGGAUAUCCUGGAUUGAGGGCUGACAAGAGGUCUGUGCACAGGACUCUGCAUUUGUCCAAGAGAAGAAUCUAAAGAAAUCAGAGCAGCUCAGGUAGUUCUAAAAGCCAUGGCACAGACGUUUUCCUGGAUGAGUCAGAUUGUCAAAACCUAAACCUACUCAUCAAUUUCAACUUCAUUUAAAAUGGUACAACCAGUUAUUAUGUGCCUCCUGAUGGAUGCGAUAGGAAGUACAUAGCACCACCUCUGGUAUAUUCCUGCCCCUCCAAAGAAAAUGUGAAUCAGGCCUACAGAUCUAACUACCUUUUCACACAAAGGAUUCGUAACAUUCAGGGAUGUGGCCAUAGAGUUCUCUCAGGAAGAAUGGAAGUGCCUGGAACCUGCCCAGAGAAACUUAUACAGGGAUGUGACUCUGGAGAACUUCAGUAACUUGGUCUCACUAGGACUUUCCAUUUCUAAGCCUGAUGUCAUUUCCUUAUUGGAGCAAGGGAGAGAACCCUGGAUGAUUACAAAUGAUAUGACAGGACCAUGGUGUCCAGAGAGCGAGAGAGCACAAGCAGAGUGCAAGGGAGAAGCAGGCUCCUUGCUGAGCAGGGAGCCCGAUGUGGGGCUCAACCCCAGGACCCUGGGAUCAUAACCUGAGCCGAAGGCAGAUGCUUAACCAUCUGAGCCACCCAGGCGCCCCUUCUGCCCAUUUUUAACUGGAUUAUUUGAGCUGGAGUCCAGGUGUGAGAAAUUUCCACAAAAAGAUAUUUCUGAAGUAGAGUCAUUCGGUUGGGAAAUAAUGGAAAGCCUUAAAUGCUGUGAUUUUGAUGGCUCUAGUUUGAGAGAUGGCUGGGAAUACAAAGGCCAAUUUGAAAGACAACAAGUAACUCAGGAAUGCUGUUCCAAGCAAGUAAAAGUCAUGUAUGAAAACGUGCCCACUUUUGAGCAUCGUACAUCCCUCACUUUACAUCAGAACAAUGAGAUUGGUGAAAAACUGAUUGAAUGUAAUGAAUGUGGAAAAGCAUUUAGCCGUGGCUCACACCUUAUUCAGCAUCAGAAAACUCACACUGGUGAAAAACCUUUUGAAUGUAAGGAAUGUGGGAAGGCCUUUAGUCGUGCCUCACACCUUGUUCAACAUCAGAGAAUUCAUACAGGUGAGAAACCUUAUGACUGUAAGGAAUGUGGGAAGGCUUUUGGCCGUACUUCAGAACUUAUUCUACAUCAAAGACUUCAUACUGGUGUCAAACCCUAUGAAUGUAAAGAAUGUGGAAAGACCUUUAGACAGCAUUCACAACUUAUUCUGCAUCAAAGAACUCACACAGGUGAGAAACCCUAUGUAUGUAAAGACUGUGGGAAGGCUUUUAUUCGUGGCUCACAACUUACUGUUCAUCGGAGAAUUCAUACAGGUGCUAGACCUUAUCAAUGUAAAGAAUGUGGGAAAGCCUUUAGACAGCAUUCACAGCUUACUGUCCACCAGAGGAUUCAUACUGGUGAGAAACCCUAUGAGUGUAAGGAAUGUGGGAAGGGCUUUAUUCAUAGCUCAGAAGUUACUCGACAUCAAAGAAUUCAUUCUGGGGAGAAACCCUACGAAUGUAAGGAAUGUGGGAAGGCCUUUAGACAACACGCACAGCUUACACGACAUCAGAGAGUUCACACUGGUGACAGACCUUAUGAAUGUAAGGACUGUGGGAAGGCGUUUAGUCGUAGUUCGUACCUUAUUCAACAUCAGAGAAUUCAUACAGGUGACAAACCCUAUGAAUGUAAGGAAUGUGGGAAAGCCUUUAUUCGUGUUUCACAACUGACCCAUCAUCAGCGAAUUCAUACUUGUGAGAAACCCUAUCAAUGUAGGGAAUGUGGAAUGGCCUUUAUUCGUAGUUCACAACUUACUGAACAUCAGAGAAUUCAUCCUGGGAUCAAACCUUAUGAAUGUAGAGAAUGUGGGCAGGCCUUUAUUCUUGGCUCACAGCUCAUCGAACACUACAGAAUCCAUACUGGUUAGAAAGCCUUGAAUGUUAGGGGUGUAGGAGCCUUUACAUGGAGUUCACACCUGACUCAAUAUUAGAUAAUGUGUAUGUAAUGUGAUUAAUGUGAAAACCUUCACUUGUCACUUCCAUUACGGAACAUCGGAUAACUCAUAGCAGAAGAAAAUCCAAUAAAUGUGGGAAUUCUUUUUGCCUCACACUCACUGCUUACCAAGCAUCAGAAAACUUAGGCUGAAAUAAAUAUUAAUAUGAAUAUAGAAAACCUUUCUAUUACCAUUCAAAAUGUGUUAAACUUCUGAGAAUUCCUAAUAUUAAGAUAUUUUGUGAAUGUGCCUUUUACCAUGACAUACAUCUUACUUAACAUUAUCUCAGCUCCACCAGUUACCGACUGUAUAGCACUGGACAAAUAAUGCAGUCUUCCUGUUCCUCAGUUUACUUGUUUUUAAGCAGUGAUCAUUAUACUUUUUUUUUAAUAUUUUAUUUAUUUAUUUGACAGAGACAGAGAUAGCGAGAGCAGGAACACAAGCAGCAGGAGUGGGAGAGGGAGAGCAGAUUUUCCCACGGAGCAGGGAGCCCAAUGUGGGACUCGAUCCCAGGACCCUGGGAUCAUGACCUGAGCCAAAGGCAGAUGCUUAACGACUGAGCCACCCAGGUGCCCCAGUGAUCAUUAUACUUACCCAAUAGAGUUUUCCUAUCAGAUAUUUUAUAUAAAGCCUGUAUUCAAUAAAUAUUAGUUACCGUUGUUAAUUAGUAACGGUAUUAGUGUUAAGGAGUUCUUGUGAGAGGAGGCCUUCUGAAUGUGUCAAGUAUUAAAAAGCUUUCAUAACCACUUGUUAAUGAUAAUUCAUUCUAGAAAACAGUAGUCAAGUGUAAUUAUCAUGCGGUCGUCAUGAUAUUUAAAGCUAGAAAGUCACAAGAGUAGAAGCUAACAGAAGAGUAGCCAAAAGAAAUCUGCCCAUUUGGAAAUCUAAAGCCACCUUCAGGUAGAACUUGAAAAGCAGUCAAAAAGUUCUGCACAUCAAAACCAGUUCAGUAUAGCCAAAGCUGUGUUCCUGUCAACCCAAGGAGUGAAGGUAGGGGCUUUGUUUUCCAAAUGUAGAUCUCCAGCACCUACUUGUUGGCAGUUACAUACUAAGCACAUUGAAUGAAUGGUCAACUCUAAACAUUAGAGGGAAAUAAACCCUAAUCAGCGGUAAGAAUGAUCAUUAAAAACAAAAAAUAAUAAAAUAGAAAACAACAGUAGACUUAAUAUGAAGGUUAUUUAUUUAACAAUAUAAGAUGGACAAUUAACAACCCUGAUCUAGAAAAGAAAAUAUUUAGCAUUAUGAAUAAGGAAGGGGUGAAUAUUCCUUUUAAAAAGCUACUAUGCAUGAUUUUAAUGUAUUAGGAAAUUUGAAUAGAUUUUUACAAAAAUAUCAAAGUUCACAAAGAUAUGGAAUACCUGAAUAAAUCAAUGAUUGUAGAAGGACAUAAAAAGUCAGUCUGCCCCUUCAAAAAAAAUAGUUUAACCUACUAAGACUUCAAGGAACAGAUAGAUAAUCCCUGAGAGAAGCUUGCCAGUUUAUUUUUAAGGCUAAAUAAAAUUAUAAUAAAAAAAAAUUCAAAAAGAAAAAAAAAAAGAAAAAAAAAAUUCAACAA